CCUAUCAAUAUUGCUUCACCACUUCCUCUUCCCUACCCAGCUCUUCACAGCUUCUCGUCAUUCAUGGCCAUGAAGCUGCUAAAACUCCUCUUCAUACUCUUCAUCACCACCUCCACUGUUUCUGCAGCAUCGAGUGGCAAUGAAAACAACGAAGACAACUCCAUUGUUGGAGCAGCAUGGAGUGCUGAUGAAAACAAGGAAGACUCAGCUGUGGAAAGCCACUUAGCAUUGCCUGGAAGCCCAGAAAGCUACAUAGCAUUGCCUGAAGGCGAAGAAACAACUUCUUCAGAUGGGACUAGUGACUUCAUGUUUCAGAACAAGCACUUGACCUGUGAUGAGUUUCCACCGCUUUGUCGUCGGAAGUCCAGCCCUGGUCCAGAUUGCUGCAAGAAGAAAUGCGUAAACAUAGGGAAGGAUCCAAAUAACUGUGGAAAGUGCGGCCGCAAGUGCAAACACGGCGAUAUCUGCUGCCGCGGGCACUGCGUGAACCCCUCUGUCGAUCCAUUGAACUGCGGUGGGUGCGGCAAGAAGUGCAAGAAGUGGGAGACAUGUCUUUACGGGAUGUGCAGUUAUGCAUGAUUUUAUCGCUACUAAGCUUGAGUUUCUUAUUGAUUCAUAAAUGGCUUGUAUUACUUCUCAGUGAAAACAGGAUUGAUCACUAUGUAUCAUGCCUAUUAAGGCGCUCAUACCUCAUCUCCAUUGAUGAUAAAGUUCAAUUCAGUACAUUUCUCACUGAUAUAACCUGCAAAAUCCUUGAUUUA